AUGGCGGGGUCGAAGAAGGGAGAGGAGACCACGGGGAAGGACAAGGCCAAGCUGCCUGCCGGGACCCGGAGGCCGGCGACGUCGACGACGGCCGCGCGCGACGCGUUAGCCGGCACGCGUGCCGGAGCGGACCGCCAGGCGGAUCCUUCCUUGGCGGCGCGCACGGGGCGGCGCGCUCAAGCACCGGCACCGACGCCGCCCAGCCGCCCCGCUACGAGGGGCGCGGCCGGGCGAGUGGCUGCGGCGGAGGAGGGAACCUCAGGGAGUUCGAGCAAGAGGCGGUCACCCGCAGCUAUGGCGGCGGCCGCGGCACCUACGAAGCCUGAGAAGCCCCCGCAGCUGCAGCCUUCUGCGGUGACGGAAGCAGCGGCAGCAACGGCGGCAGCACUAAAGAAGGCGAGCGUGAACCCGUCCCCGCGGCUGGCGCCUCGUGCAGCGGCCGGUGGUGCUGUGGCGGCCAAGACACCGCCGUCAAAGAACAUGGCCUCACCCGGCACGCGUGCCCGAGGGGACCGCCAGGCGGACUAUUCCUUGGCGGCGCGCACGGGGAGGAACACUGAAGCACCGGCACCGACGCCGCCCCGCGGCCCCGUUACCAGGGGCGCGGUCCAGCCUGUGGCUGCGGAGGAGCACGGCAAUUCAGGCAGGAAGAGGCGGUCGUCCGUCGUCUUCCUUGACGACAAGGAAGCUAAGAAGCCCAAGAAGCCCUCGCAGCUGCAGCAUUCUGCGGUGACGGCAGCAGCGGCAGCAACGGCGGCGGCGCUGAAGAAGGCGGCGGCUGGUGCUGUGGCCACGAAGACCCCUCCGCCAAUGAUCAUGGCCCGAACCGGAUCGGGAAGCAGGAACAUGACGGCAGGGGCCCGCGACAGCAGCAGCACCAGCAGCCACGCCGGUGUGCAGCCUUGCGAGGACUGCUUCGUCCUGCCGUCGCAGCGCGUAGCGCACCUCUGUCUAAGGUGCUACCGGAGCCGGCGCGACUGCCGAACCUGCCGGGAGCGAUGCUCCCCCUACAAGAGAGCCGCGGCGGAGCGCGCGCGGAGAAGCGCACAAGCAUCGCCACAGCCGCCGAUUGGCCGCAUCACAAGAUCUCAGGACGCGGCUCGGCCUUUGGCUGCCCCUGCGGAGGGCGAUAAGAAGAAGCGGGACAAGCCUUAUCUGUCGACGAAGAAGGAGAAGGUUAUCCCGAUGAAGCUUUCUCAAGUGACGGUUGCCGACAAAGCCAAUAAACUGCGCAAGAAGAAGGAUCAUGUUCCUCAAGCGGUGGUAUCUGUGGCCCGAUCGAGAAGCACAAACAUGAUGCCGCUGGCACAGGACACCAGGCUCCGCAGCACCAUCGCCAGCGCCAGCAGCAGCGGCGCCUCUGUGGUGCCGUGCGAGGACUGCUAUCGGCCAUCGAAGCGCACAGCCCACCUGUGCGAUAGCUUUUCGUCCCAGCUCAGCCUCCAGUCCACUACUACAGGCACCAAGCUCGAUGGUGCCACGGCGGCCCAAGAGCAGAAGGAAGACGUUUACGGGCGUAUCCAGCUUCGUUGGGUUCCCUGUGCAAAGAUCAAGCCCCAGGCUCAACUCAAGGCCAAGAAGGGUGGCAUGCCGGUUACCCAGCUUGCAGAAAAGGUACUAUGUCAGCGCCUGGGCAUCAUUAACGAGACCGAAUCCAUCACCGAAGCGGCGAUCGCGAAAUUUGUCCACAUGUUUCAAGGGAAGCUGCCUGAUAUUGCUAUCGCAGCCUUGCACGCCCUUUUCCGUCUUGACUGCGAUUUUGCGGCAGCAGUCGAGGACGCACUGGUGGAGCAUGGAGCAUCUGCUGCCAUGGAGAAGGAGGGCCAAACUUCUAAAGCUGCUGGUAUUGCCUGA